AUGCGUGGACUUGUCAUCUUCAGCGCGGCCGUCGCCGUCGCCAACGCUGCUGCCGUCGAGAAGAGGCACUACCCCGUUCCCGGAUCGGAGGAGCCCGUCCCUUCUGUUCCUGACAACGAGUACACUCCUCCCGACAACAGCUAUCCCCCUCCCGGCAACAGCUACCCUCCUCCUGGAAACGAGUACCCUCCUCCUGGUAACGAGUACCCUCCUCCUGGACAGUCCACCGAGGUUCCUCCUCCUCCUCCUCAGCACACCGAGCCUACUGCUGUCUACCCUCCUCCUGGACAGUCCACUGAGGUCCCUCCUCCUCCUCCUCAGCAGACUGAGCCUACCGGCGUUUACCCUCCUCCCGGACAGAGCACUGAGGUCCCUCCUCCUCACGAGACCCAGCCCACUGGUGUCUACCCUCCCCCAGGACAGAGCACUGAGGUCCCUCCUCCUCACGGAGAGUCUACCACUGAUGUCUACCCUCCUCCUGGACAGAGCACCGAGGUCCCUCCUCCUAAGGGCACCACCACUGAGGUUACUCCCCCCGAGGAGACCACCAGCGACUUUGUCCCUCCUGUAGAGUCUACCACUGAGGUUCCUCCUCCCGUCGAGUCUACCACUGGAGUCUACCCUCCUCCUGGCCAGUCUACUGGUGUCUACCCUCCCCCCGGAGAGUCUACCACCGAUGUCUACCCUCCUCCUGAGGAGACGACCAGCGACUCUACUCCUCCCGUCGAGUCCACCUCCAGCGAGUACCCUCCCCCUGAGGAGACCACCACUGGUGGCCACGAGGCUCCUUACCCUCCUCCUUCUCACACCAAGCCUUCUUACACCAAGCCCACUUACACGAAGCCUUCAUACACCAACACCAAGCCAAUCUACACCAAGCCUUCGUACACCAAGCCUGGCUACCCCGGCACCACUGAGAUGACCACCUCAACCCUCUACACCACCACUUGCUACACCGUCACCAAGUGCCCUCCUGAGGUUACCGACUGCCCUGAGCGACCUCACGUCACCACCGAGACCGUCGUCAUUGGCACCACCGUCUGCCCCGUCACCGAGGAGCACCCCACCGACGUCGAGACCAUGCCCGUCUACACCGACGUUCCCAAGCCCAGCAAGCCUGUCUACACUGCUCCUGUCGAGCACCAGACUACCACUCACCUGACCACCUCUACCAUCUACACCACCAAGGUCACCACUGUCACCAUGUGCCCUCCUGAUGUUGUCGACUGCCCUGAGCGUCCUCACACCCGCACUGAGACCGUCGUUGUCGGUACCACCAUCUGCCCCGUGACUGAGACCCACGUCGUCCCUGUCCCUCCCAAGCAGACUCACCCCGUUGUCCAGCCCCCCAAGGAGACUCACCCCGUCGUUCAGCCUCCCCACCCUGGCAACGGCACCUACAACCCUCCCAAGCCUCAGCCUCCCAAGGAGACAUACCCUGUCCCCGUUCCCGUCCCCAGCAAGCCCGUCGAGCCUGAGCACCCCGAGAAGCCUCAGCACCCUCAAGAGCCUGAGAAGCCCCAGCAGCCUACUCCUCCCAAGGAGACCAAGCCUGUUGUCCAGCCUCCUGUUGAGUCUCACCCCACCUACCCCGUUCCUCCUCAGCCUGAGCAGCCCGAGCACCCCCAGGAGCCCGAGAAGCCCCAGCAGCCUGAGAAGCCUGAGCAGCCUGAGAAGCCUGAGCAGCCCCAGCCUCCCAAGGAGACUAAGCCCGUUGUUCAGCCUCCUACUCCCAGCAAGCCCGUCGAGUCUGCUCCUCCCGCUGUUACCAAGCCUGUCGAGACCUACCCCGCUCCUCCUGCUUCCACUCCCACUGAGCCCGCUCAGGUUGUCAACGCUGGUGGACGUGUCUCUGGUAGCAUCCAGGCCACUCUCUUCGCUGCCGGUAUCGUCGCUUUCUUCCUGUAA